AUGUUUUGGAUUCUGCACACCCUAAUAUUUUCCGCUAUCGUUGCUCGUCCCAACACCAUUUACAACCCGUUUGACGUCGUAGUUGAUCUCUUCCAUAUUCUACAAAGCUCCUUCUUCCAAAUGUUUGGCGAGUUUCAAGCCGAGGAGUUUAUUGACUAUUACGGAUUUCGAGAAUGCAAGAACAUUACAACACCCGGCUGCACCUAUCCUGGGUACAAAGUUUUCAUUCCACUUUUGAUGGCAAUUUUUACGAUGGUCACCCACGUCCUGCUCAUCAAUCUACUAAUUGCCAUUUUUACUAAGACUUACGAUAGGAUGGAGGCGAUUUCUCAACAGCUGUGGACCAUGCAGCGCUACAGAUUAAUAGAGUACAUUCUCGCUGAGUCUGUCCAGCCGGGACCCUUCCUCAUUUUCUCCUUGAUCUACCAGCUCGCUGCUGCUAUCUGUCGCCCCAAAAGUUUGAAGAAAUCAAACACACAAAAACCAUUUUGCAAGUCGUUUGAGGACAAUCCGGGUCGCGAACGACAACUGAUAAAUUGGGAAAAGCUAAGUGCCCUCGUAAUGAUGGGCAUGCGUGACGAGGACCAUGAGCUGAAGAAGGCUUCAAAGAGUGAUAUCGCUUUAGAGAGGAUGCGAAAGACCAUGGGAGGCUGGAGGGCACCAAAUGACAGGUCGUGGCAGAUUGUGCGUAGGAUCGUAUCCCCCGCCUUGGCUCUACAAAACAUUGCAAAAUCGGGACCUGUGAUCGAUGAUUUGGAGGGGAGGUUCGAUGACAUCAAUGCAAAGUUGGAUAAAAUAAGUAAUAUUAUUUCAGGUAGACUCAUCGAGUCCAAAGCUCUUUCGCCGUCCACUCUUAAGCCUUACCUAAUGCCGUCUAGAGAAGGAAGCCGUAGGUCCUCGCUCAGUUCGGUUGACACUGCGGAUGUGCCAAUCAUGGGGCAGUGGCGCAACCACCAAAUAGCUAUCUUUUCAUCUCUGACAAGCGAUACCACGCCUCACGCCUUGGAUCCCCCCAUCCCUUGGGAGGUGUCCUAUCCGAAAUACCAUGCUAUUCCUUGGAGUCCCCGCAGGUACAUGGUGCCUCAGUGGCAGACCAACGCCGUGCCGACAGCUGAGGUGUCUCGGCUACACUCAUUUGACUCAGCAAAUUUGACCUUUAAUGACUCAUUACCAAGGAAUCCUGAAGGCCGAGUUGGCACGGCUGGUAAGGGACUGCUGCCAAAAUACGGCGUCAAUUUAGCCUGCAUCGUCGUGGUGACUCGUGGCAGUAACAACGAUGAAAUUGAUAUAGGGUCAUCUUCGGAUCCACUCAAUUGUGACAACGCUUGGCUUUCUGUCACGGUGGUUCAUUUUCAGAUUCCAUCCAACUACAAAUGGGUGUCUGAUUUGGAAAAUGUACGUUUGCUCUUCUUUACUUUAGCAUUCACAUUUUAA